GAAAAUAAGAUAGUGAAGUCUACCGCUGAAUUUUUCUAACUAAUAAAUAUUGCAAUUUUUUUUUUCACUUGUACUUGUGUCGACGGAAAGCAUGAGUUAGUUUCCGCUUGCAAAUAUUCGAUCUGAACAGUGUAACCAGAAAACUUAUAUUUGUUUUUAAAAUACAGUCAAAUUUCGCUCGUUGGGCUAUGUUUAGUUGGGCUACGUUUUAGUUGGGCUCCCGCUCGUUGGGUUAUAGCCCAACUAAAUCGAAGCCAAACAUCAUUUCUGAUAACGUUGAAUUUCGUUUGAGGGGUUUGUGGGUGCAUUUAAACGCAGAAAGUAGAAUUUAUUGAAAUAAAAGCAAAUGAAGCUGAGUAUAAAUGUAAACAAACAAUAUUUUAAUCAAUUGUCAGAGAAACAAUAUAAGUUUUGUGCCUUAAUAAUGCAACGUAGAGCUAUGCCUAUUUUUGAAAGUAUUUGAGAACACGUUAUUAUUGAGCACUUCUUUUUGGCUUUAAAUGUGUGGCUUAAGUAAAACAAAUUUCGAAUUUGGCCCUAUGCUGCGUUUGGCUCAGAUUUUGACAGUUCGUUUGGCUCACAACAUUCUCUCUAUCUAUUUCUCCAUCUAAAGCCUGUAGUACACUCUUUGUCUAAUGGUCAAAUUUUUGACCUUCUGACAUAAUGGCCAAAUUUAUUUGACAUCAUGGUUGUUGUUUGCCCGUGUUUGCCUCAUGUUGAAAUUGGAGAGUGACAAAUGAUUAUCUUCGACCAAAUUUUUAUCUGUCAAAAAGUGCCAAAUAUUUGACGCUUGGUCAAAGAGUGUAAUACAGGCUUAAGUUUUGCUAGUGCAAAUUCGCGUUGACGGUGUUGCUGAUAUUUGUUUGGUUUUUGCAUGCGAAAAAGAAGGAAGGAAAUAUUUUUGCUUUUGUCAUCACGCACAUUUUGACAAUUGCAUAUGAGAGUUCACGUAGGUGCGAACAGCCUUCAAAAUCUCUUUCAACGCGAAUAACCCGAAUAGACUUGUGCGAUACUUAUACUGACAGUGGCAGCUUUUCAGUGGUUCCAGCUCGUAUCAACUAGCUGGCAUCUCCAUCCGAUUUGCUUUGCUUUAUCGCAGCCAACAUCACAGUGGUUCUACGAUGUGUGGGCUCCACUGACGCUGACAGACAGCAUAACAUAGCGUAUCAAAAGUGGCGGUGAUCUCGUGUACACAUUGAGAUGUCAGCCCUUGUAACAUGUCAGCUAGCUGGUCCGUAUGCAUAAAAUAAUAUCGAUACAAAUAUCGCGGUUUUCAGUAUCGAUACGGUCGAGUAUCGGACGCUUGUGUAUCGAUCCAAAAAAUCGAAAUAUCGUCUCAAAAAUAUCGAUAUUUCCGAUACCGAUACAAUAUCGCCCAUUGCUAGUGCGCAUACCGAACAGUGUCGUACGAGGCGGUUUGCGUCCUGGCUGGCAUGAUGCCCAUCAGCAUCAUCGUCAAAGAGGAUGUAGAGUGCUUCGACCAACGCGACACGAGGGGUAUUCGCAACACCAUACGGUCAUCCUCAAUGGCCAGGUGGCAGCGGGAGUGGUCCAACACUACAAAAGGUAGAUGGACACACCGACUCAUUCCAGAGUUAGCAGGCUGGAUUAAUAGGCGCCAUGGGGAAGUAACCUUCCAUCUGACACAGAUCCUGUCAGGCCAUGGCUGCUUUAGGCAGUACCUGCAUAGGUUCGGGUACGCCGAGUCCCCUAUGUGCCCCGCUUGUACGGGUGCGGAAGAAAGCGCAGAGCAUGUGUUCUUCACAUGUCCGCGCUUCGAGCGGGUACGGUACGAAAUGCUGGCAAUAAGUGGGAUGAACACCACGCCAGAGAAUAUAGUGCGUAGGAUGUGCGAAAAUAGGGAAAUCUGGGAUGCGGUCAUCACGGCAGCAUCACAGAUCGUUAGUAUUUUGCAGGGCACCAAUCGACGGGAAACCAUCGACGUGCCCCAGUUAGUUAACGGUGACCUAACUGGCCUGUAUAGGCUGCUCUGCUACCCAUAGAGGUAAGUGCGAAAAGCACGACGGGCCCUCUCCCUGAAGUAAUGCCUAACGGCGGUCCCGGAGAGACCAAGGGCUUUAGCUGUCCAGCUUAGGUUGCUCAGCAUGGGUAAAAGCAAAGGGUAAAUCAUCCGCUACCCGUUUUCGACGAUUUGGUAUCACGAUUUCGCAAUGCCCAAUACUUCACAUCACUCGAUAUCCAACAAGCAUUUCAUCAGGUGGAACUUUCAGAAGACUGUCGUGACGUCACCACUUUUAUUACCAAUUGGGGACUAUUCCGAUACAAACGGCUUCUUUUCGGCAUCAAUUGUGCGCCGGAGCUCUUCCAAAACCUUAUGGAGAGCAUUCUGGGAGGGUGCAACAACACCGUCGUAUUUAUCGAUGACUUCAUGAUAUUCGGCGAGACUAUGGAAGAACAUGACUCAGGUGGGCCGUUAAACAGACGCUAGAUGUUUUGAGCCAAUACGGAAUACUACUGAAUGACCACAAAUGCAGAUUCAAGCAGAGCGAAGUUACAUUUCUCGGACACAAACUGUCAGCCAAUAGGGUAUCACCGAGCGAGGAAAAAGUCAAGUCGAUUUUGUCUUGUAGAGCUCCGCGUACGAAAGAGGAGCUUCGAAGUUUUCUGGGUUUAGUAACGUAUGUUUCAAGGUUCAUCCCAAAUUUAACAACCGUUAACUAUCCUCUGAGACAGCUAUUGAAGCAGGAAUCUAAUUUUGAGUGGAAUAUACAGCACCAAUCAUCUUUCGAUGAGGUCAAGGCACUUAUUGGGUUAGCAGGCAGUUUAGGAUUCUAUGAUCCAAACGAUCGUACCCUAGUAGUAACAGACGCCUCAGGGGUUGGGUUGGGAGCCGUUUUGAUACAGUUCAAAAGCUCAACCUCGAGUCAUAAGUUAUGCUUCUAAAAGCCUGUCAGAAAUAGGAAAAACGUAUCCGCCAAUCGAAAAAGAAGCUCUAGGUAUUGUUUGGGCUGUUGAAAGAUUUAGGCACUAUCUUCUGGGAAUAACAUUUGAGCUUGAAACGGACCAUCGACCCCUUAAAACAUUGUUCUCGGUAACAUCACGACCAACAGCUCGAACCGAAAGAUGGUUGCUGAGAAUUCAAUCGUUUCGAUUCAGAGUCGUUUAUCGAAAAGGGUCUGCGAAUUUGGCUGAUUGCUUAUCUAGACUUGCGGCUCAUGUAGAAGACCCACACUGGGGUGAGGAAACGGAUAUAUUUAUUAGACGUGUGCUGGUUGAAUCAUUGUCACUGCUAUCGGUUAUGGAAAAUAAUGAAGAUUUCGAUUCGGAUACCGAAGAAGUUAUUAGAGCCGUACAAGAAUCAACUGCAAUAGAUAUUGGAGAAGUUGUCGCAGCUACAUCAGCAGAUCGGGAGCUAGAGAAACUGAUCGAGUGCAUCGAGACCGAUAACUGGGAUCAGCAUGAUCUGAAGCAGUACAAGCCAUUUCGGAUGGAGUUUUCGUAUAUGAACAAGCUAGUUAUGCGUGGUACAAAGCUGGUAAUUCCGACAUCAUUACGGCCUAGGAUGUGCGAGUUGGCACAUGAGGGACAUCCAGGGCAGUCGAUGAUGACGAGGAGACUUCGUGAGCAUUGUUGGUGGCCGGGCAUAGACCAGGAGGCAGUCAGAGUCUGUGAAAGGUGCCAGGGGUGCCAACUAGUACAAUCUUCAGACCGUCCCGAACCGAUGAUGCGUCGGGCACUUCCGGAAAAACCUUGGAUCGAUAUCGCACUAGAUUUCCUAGGCCCACUGCCAUCAGGAGAGUAUUUACUGGUGGUGAUCGAUUAUUACAGCCGAUACCUCGGGAUCGAAAUUAUGGUUAGAAUCACUGCGUCGGAAACAAUAAAACGCCUCAAACGGAUUUUUCGAACAUGGGGUCGACCGAGGACGAUAACACUUGAUAACGCCAAGCAGUUUAUCUCAACGGAGUUUAAAGAAUACUGUAGAAGCAACGGCAUUCAUCUUAACCAUACUUCGCCGUAUUGGCCACAAGCAAACGGCGAAGUCGAAAGACAAAACCGGACCCUUCUUAAACGUAUGAAAAUUGCUCACGCUAUUCACGACGAUUGGAAGGCGGAACUCGAUCAUUUUUUGGAGUUGUACAACAACACUUCCCACACUAUUACCGGGAAAGCCCCUAGCGAAUUACUACAGGGAAGAAAACUACGCUCUAAAUUGCCUCAAAUUGAAGAUUUGGAAACCGAACCACCAUGCUCUGAUUUCAGGGAUCAGGAUUUGGUCAAGAAAACUUCCCAAAAAGAGAGAGAGGAUGCUAAGCGUCGUGCUCGAUCAAGUAGUAUUACCGCUGGUGAUAUUGUUUUGAUGAAAAAUCUGGUUCCUUCCAACAAGCUAUCUACUAAUUUCCUUAAGGAGAAAUUCACAGUGUUAGAUAGGAACGGAUCUAACGUGACCAUACAAUCCAAUGAUUCCGAAAGGCAAUACGAGAGGAACGUGGCACAUCUCAAGAAAUGGCGGGAAGCAUCUGAUACUGAAAAUGACGAACCGGUAGCCGAAUCAUCAGCCAAACCAACUGCCGAAGCGACAGCCGAGCCAACACUUGAUAGUCUAAACAGUCGCCAAUUUCCAGAAGCACCUGAUCGUCCGAGUUCUUCAAUACACCCGAGUGACCCAGAGUCUGUUGCCGCCAGACGCUUCAGACGCACCAUCAAACCGCCAAUCAGAUUCAAUUCUUAAAAUCAAGUAUAGUAGUUCAUAAGAAUAGGUAAAAAUUGAAAUCAUCUUCAAUAAAUAAGUUAUCUUAAAUUGGUAAAAAAAGGGAUGUGAUAGACGAGUCUCACUAACACUAAUACGGUUCUCUCGAAAGCGCUACCUUUCGUCAACCGAGUCAGUCAUCUCUAGUCCCUACCGCUGGAAGCAUUAUACUUCGCGUGUUAGUUUUACUGUGAUCUAUUAAACGUUCUCACACCAUGUUUCAAGGGCUAACAUCUCAACAUAUGUAAAAACGAGAUAGCAUAUCACCGCUUCACAUGAGUUCAUUGUCAUUCACUGUUACUCGGUAUAGGGAUGCCAAAGGAUCGAUAAAAUUGAAUUACCUAAAAAUGCUUAAGAACGCACUUGGAAUCCAGAAAAAAUAAAGAAAAUGAUCUUAAAUUUGGCUCGAAUUAACUAAGUUAAUAUAACGAAAGGAAGAAGCCAAAAAGAAAAUAAUUACAAUUCAGCCUAAAAAGGCAGAGCAAAAUUUAUUCCAAAUAUAACUAAAAGUGGUUCCAUACAUGGAUGAAAUUAAUUUUAAAUUUAGCUUACAGCUUAGUUGAAAGUGCCGCAAAGCAAAUCAUUUCAAAUUAUCAUGGAAAACGUAAGAGUACCUCUGCUAACAAAUAAAAAAAAAGAAAUUCUAGAGGGGUUCCCAACAUGUCUGAAGAACUUCUCCAAAAAAGAAGAGGUCACGAAUAAAAUGGUUCCAAAUAAACCUAAAAUAUAGCUGAUAAUGACCCUAAAGCCAGAAAAUCUGUAGAAUUUUUAGUAUAAGUCAAUGUAUUUUAUUUUGCAGAUUACAAUUUUUUGGAAAAAAUAUUCCCACGUGGAUAUUAUCACUAACCCCUCUCCCCCUCCCUUGGACAAGCGUUGACAUUUACAACCAGUUCCCCUCCAAAUUAUCAAUUUUGAGCAAACAUCAGUUACGUAACUGUUUCAACUAAAAAGAGUUAAAAGUUUGCUCAUCAUAACACGUAAAAGGUGGGUGAACGCUAAAACUCUAUAGAUUCGUGAUAGAAGAACUCUUUUGACAGCUAGAAGAACUCUUUUUUUAUGUCAGUCAUGCGACU